CUUCAGCCUCCUCAGUAGUUGUGAUGACAGGAACCCCCCUGUCACAGUCUCCUCCCAGCCAUGGAUAGUUCUAGCCUUGAGGAGCUUCAAGAGCCUCUGCUGAGGGGCACAGCUUAUGGCCCCCCUGACCAGAAGCCUGGCACACGGGAGUUGGGGCUCCCCUUAGGAGAGAGAGCCUCUCCAGAACCCCUGAAGGGAUGGCUGUUCUUACCGCCUCUUCCGUCUGUGAGUGCUGGCCUGGGAGAGCCAGGGCUCUUGGAACUCGAGGACUUGUCCUCCAGUGACAGUGACUCCGACUGCGAUGAGGGCGGCCGUCUCUCCCCGCUUCUGCCCCAUGACCACCUUGGCCUGGCCGUCUUUUCCGUGCUGUGCUGUUUUUGGCCGGUGGGCAUCGCUGCCUUCUGUCUUGCCCAGAAGACCAACAAGGCUUGGGCCCAGGGGGACAUCCAGGGGGCAGGGUCUGCCUCCCGCCGUGCCUUUCUGCUGGGGGUCCUGGCCAUCGGGCUGGGGCUGUGUACAUACGCGGCCGCCCUGGUGACCCUGGCCGCCUACCUUGCCUCUCGAGACCCGCCCUAGCUGCCCCUCCAGCGCCCACUGUGAAUCCAGAGGCCGGCGACCCAGCACACCCGGGGACAGAGUGGAGAAUCCU